AUGAAGGCCUUUACCAUCCUCGCCCUCGCCGCCACUGCCCUGGCAGUUCCAUCAACCCCUUACGAGACGAACCCCAAGCCAGAGUGCACUCCUCCCUCGUACGCUUGCAAGCCGGACAACUCAGGGUGGCUCGUGUGCAACGUCGACGGGAAGUGGCUGGAUGGAGGCGCUUGCCCGGCCAAGACGACUUGCAAGCCGAUCAACAACCUGCCUUACUGCGUCUAA